AGGCAACGCGCGAAAAGCCCGACAUAAUCAAGCCAAAACAUUUUAUUCCCUUCCUGCAUAAUUAGCGCGGCCUGGUUGCGUGAUUCCCCUCCCCACUCCUGCGUAGUCCCCUCACCGCCCACAAAUAGCAAUCAUGCACAUAUUAACUCCUGCAUCAAAAGUCGAUGCAUCAAAAAAAGGGCACUGACACCUGGCUGCAGCAAUCGAAGGCACCUGUCCAAUCCCCCCCCCACCAAACGCCUGUACUGAAAAAUCUCCUAUCAGUCGACCGGGGGAUCCGCAUCCUAUAAGAAAUGUCACUAUCGCCGGACCUGGGCUACAGCGAUUCCCCCAAAGCCCGCGAACUGCUGCAUCUUCGCUUUUCGUGACCAUUCCCGGAUGGUCCACGACCACAGUGGCAGCGCCUCCAUGCCAUGGCGGGCACCGCAGCGUACGAUCAACAACCGAACAAAGGCCCGGCCCUGCUGGCGGUGAUGUGGACUUUGACGAGCCUUGCGACCGUGUUGGUCUGCGCGCGCCUCGUCAUUCGGACAAAGAUCAUUCGUGCGUUUGGGUUGGACGACUGGCUGAUUGCUUCUUCAAUGAUUCUAGGGCUAUGUAAUGUCAGCCUCGCGACCGUCGCCGUCACCCAAGGUCUCGGCCGACACGCUUCCACGAUCGGCCCCGCCGCCGCCGAACGAGCGAACCUGACCAUCGAUCUCGGCUGGAUCUUUGGAAUCCUCGCGUUCGCGCUGCCGAAAUUAGGCGUGGCGGCCCUGCUGCAUCGUAUCUUGGCGCCUGGAGUUCACAUGCGGUGUGCACUCUGGGGGCUGACGGGGCUGGUGAUGGUUGUCGCGGUGGUAAAUAUCUUAGUGCUAUUUACCCAGUGUGACCCGCCGCGCGCGCUGUGGGCGACGGUCGAGGGGGCAAGCUGUCGCAGCUCGAGGGUUCUGAUCGGGGUGGCAACGUUGAAUGGGGCAUUAUCAGCUUUCACCGACCUCAGCCUCGCAAUCUAUCCGAGCGUGAUCCUCUGGCGAUUGCAGAUGUCGUUGCACAAGAAACUCGCCCUGUGCGCGGCGUUAGGGCUGGGCGCUAUUUCCGCCUGCGCCGCCAUCAUCAAAACCACCCACCUCGACGCCCUCGGCAACGUUGCCGACACAACAUACGAAAGCUGCCCCCUCGUCCUCUGGACCAACGCAGAAGCCAACCUCGUCAUCAUCGCCUCCUGCAUCCCCACCCUCCAGCCCCUCUUGGAAUUUGUCCUCGGAAGACGCUCCUCCGCUUGCCGGUCCUACAGCCUCCCGCGCUCGUACCCGACCCCCGUGCCGUCGUAUGGGCCGGGAUCCGCGCGAAAGGGGCGUCAUCCGUUGACGACUGAGAGUGCUACACGGGCCGAUAGCCAGGAGGAGAUUUGGUCCGGGGAUGAGGAGGUGGAGACGGAGCGGCGGGCCAGGAAGUGGGAGAUCCAUCGCACGGAUCAGAUCAUCGUGGAGUUUGAGAUGGGGGGUGAGCGGGAGCGGUAGGUUGGAAUCUUGGUAGGCGAUUCGGGUUAAAACGGUUCUAACGGGUGUCUGCUUUAAUUGUUGAACUUGGCAUUUCUGGAAAUAAAAGUUGGAUGAUAGAGAAAAAUGUGAUGCGCGUGCUUGGUUUGGAAGUUAGAGCAAUCGGCUGGUGUUUGCGUUGGUUCUAGAGAUAGGUCUUCAGGUCGAUGGACGGGGUAAUUGUUUGCUUGUGUACGGAUCUGUCAAGUUUGAUGAACAAGAGCUUAUCAAGGGCAGCGGAGAUACUUCC